CCGGCUCGCAGUGGCGCAGAAGAUAGGCAUGCGCGACGAGAGUUGACCGUGUGUUUUGAAAUACAUUCACUGAUUCUCUUCUGGUUUCAUUCUCUGCGUUGCAGUGUGCCGGGGGCAGGUUUUGGCUCUCGAGUGACGUCUGCCCGUGCUUCACUUUUACACAGGUACGACUCGCACGCGUGGCACGGACAAUGGCCAUCUCCAAAAUACGACUUCCUCGGCUGGAGAAGCCCAGACUUCAUGUCGAGCAGCCCAAGUCAUCGUUCGCAGAAGGCAACGCCAGAUGGACAAACAAGGACCUCGACCCGGUACCACCACACGAAAGGAAAUGGGGCGUGACAAGCUUCAUUGCGUACUGGAUCUCAGAUGCCUUCAACGCAGCGACAUGGCAGUUCGGGGCCAGCGUGAUUGCAGUUGGGCUGACAUGGCGUGAGAGCAUCGCCGUCGUGGCUCUCAGCUUCUUCAUCAUCUCCAUCGUCAUUGCCUUCAACGGAGCCACCGGAGUCAUCCACCACACACCCUUCCCUGUCAUUGCCCGUGCGGCUUGGGGCUUCUGGGGAUCCUACGUCGCCAUCGUCUCGCGGGCUAUCCUGGCAACUUUCUGGUUCGCUAUCCAGACCAUGAACGGGGCUUUCACGGUCCGUUGCAUGAUCGGGGCAAUCUGGCCCUCCUUCCUGACCCUCCCAUCGAACAUACCGCCAUGGCAGGGGAUUGACGAUGCCACGCUCGGCUGCUUUGCGAUUUUCUGGUUCGCCCAAAUCCCCUUUCUGCUCAUGCACCCAAAUCAGCUCCGGUGGCUCUUCAUGGCCAAGUCAAUUAUCGUGCCCAUUGCCUGGAUCGCGAUCCUGAUCUGGGCCCUCGUCAGCACCCGCGGGUCAGACAUUUUCGACCAGCGGGCAACGGUGUCAGGGUCCAGCUACAGCUGGGCUUUCCUGGCCUCCAUGAACUCGGUCAUCGGGAACUAUGCGACACUGUCUGUGAACCAGGCUGAUUUCUCGAGGUAUAGCCGCGUCUCCGUGAGGUGGCAGUGCAUGUAUGUGCCCCUCCUACCGGCCUUCUUCACCUUCAUCGCCUUUGUGGGUAUCGCCUCCGCCUCGGCCGGCGGCGUCCACUACGGCGUGAUAGAGUGGGACCCAGUCGCCCUCAUCUCGCACUGGAGCAACAGGCCAGCUCGCUUCUUCGCCGCAGCCUCGUUCGCCCUCGCGGCCCUCGGCGUCAACAUCUCGGCCAACUCACUCUCGGCCGCGAACGACUUCAUGGCCCUCUUCCCGCGCUUUGUGAACCUCCGCCGGGGGCAGCUCCUCUGCGCGGUCCUCUGCUGGGCUCUGGUGCCGUGGAAGAUCCUGGCGUCGGCGGGCUCUUUCCUCAAUUUCAUGUCCGCAUACGCCAUCUUCCUGGGCCCAAUCGCGGCAAUCAUGCUCUUUGAUUUCUGGGUCGUGCACAGGCGAAGGUACGAUACUGUGGCGUUGUAUGACCCGCAUAGCAUAUAUCGGUACAAGGGCGGGGUCAACUGGAGAGCCAUUGUGGCUUUUCUCGUUGGUGUCGCGCCAAGUCUUCCUGGAUUCAUCAACGGCAUCAAUCCUGCCAUCAACGUAGGCCUGGGCGUUCACCCAUACCAGAUUGGCUGGAUGAUCGGGUUCGUGGGGACUGCGAUUGUUUAUACCGGACUAUCUCUGCUAUUACCUGCAAAGGAGACAUUUAUAGACAGGGCUGUCAGGCCUGAUGAGAUAUACGCGGCUCAGGCCGAGUACAUCAACGCGCAGAGCUCCAGCCCUGGAGAUGGAAGCGGGAGCGCUGAUCUGAAGGCCGGCGACCCUGAGAAGACUGGUUUACGAAGCAGGUUGGAAAAGUUGCUGUAAAUCUUGCAACGUUACUUGAACACAGCCCGUUCGUCAAGAACAUUUGAACCAGCCACAACGAUGCUGUGUGGAACAACAAAAAGAAAUCGCAC